CUGAGUCUAUGGCUGACCGACUUUCAGAGAUACCGUGUAAGAUAAGGAGAGAGAGAGAGAGAGAGAGAGAGGAAUUGAAAAAAUUCUCUCUAGCUUUCAUUUGCUCUUUGGGUUUUCCUUUCAAGUUUCAAGUAGAGUGAGAAAUAUGUUUCCAAGAAGAGCCUGAUCCAGAGGGUUCUUGGUUUUCAGUGAAAGAGAGGAUUCCAUACACAGAUAGAUUCUUGGAUUAGUUGUUUUGUCUUGGUUUUUGAAGGGUAUUGAAAUUGUUUUUCUAGGUUACGACACGCCGAGUUUCCCUAAAUUCAGUUGCAGAUGACGUCUGAAGGUGGGCUUUGUGUUCCUUCCACAGGGAGAGGGUUUGCUCAAGAACCAAACUCAAACCCUAACCCUAACCUUAAUUCAAAUCCAGGCAAGAGAAAGAGAAGUUUACCGGGAACACCAGAUCCGGAUGCAGAGGUUAUAGCCAUGUCUCCAAAAUCUUUAAUGGCGACAAACCGAUUCAUAUGUGAAAUUUGCAAAAAGGGUUUCCAGAGGGACCAGAACUUGCAGCUUCACCGGCGCGGCCACAAUCUUCCAUGGAAGCUUCGGCAAAGAACAAACAAAGAAGUUCAGAAAAAGGUGUACGUUUGUCCGGAGAAGACCUGCGUGCACCACGAUCCAUCGAGGGCGCUCGGAGACCUCACCGGGAUAAAGAAGCACUUCAGCCGGAAGCACGGCGAGAAGAGGUGGAAGUGUGAGAAAUGUUCCAAGAAAUAUGCGGUGCAGUCAGAUUGGAAAGCCCAUAGCAAGAUUUGUGGUACUAGGGAGUACAAAUGUGACUGUGGCACACUCUUUUCUAGGAAGGAUAGCUUCAUAACUCAUAGAGCUUUUUGUGAUGCCUUGGCUGAAGAGAAUGCAAGGUUCACUUCAUCAGUUUCAGCCGCCAAUCCAAUCUUUAAGAAUGAUUUGAUUAAUGGGACAAUUUCCAAUCCUCCACUAGCUGGAAUCCCCCAAUUUUCCUCCGCCUUUCAGCCAGAAUUUGCUGCCAAUACCCAGUUCAACCCAGUUGGAAUUGCGAAUAAUUCUAACGCUUACUUGUCGAGCUUGCCUGAAUUGGCAUCUAUGAAUCAUAUGUUUGGAUCGAGCUCUCAGACGCAGUGGUUAAACAAGUACCCAGAUACAUCCUUUGGAACUGCCAAUCUCUCUAUAUCUUCGUUGCCAAGAGGAGGGCUAAAGGAGGAAGAAGAGAGCGAAGGAAAUAUGUAUUCUAAUAACCAGAAUAUUCACCAACAAGGCCAAGCUCACAUGUCAGCCACAGCACUUUUGCAAAAAGCUGCCCAAAUGGGAUCAACAAGGAGCAACCCAGUAUUCGACGGCACCUCUUUCAGAUUGAUGAGCUCCGGAUCAUCUCACUCAACUGUGUCAAACAGUAGGAACCACGAAGUUCAGAAAUUUUUCAGGCAACAAAACCAAGCUGAGAACUUGAACGAGUUGAUGAGUUCAAACUCGACCUCAUUUUUGGAGAAAACCAAGAAUUUGCCAGUUUCAUCUGGAAGGCUCCAUGCCAGUUCAAAUGAAGUUGAUCAUGAGCACAGCUUAACUAGAGAUUUUCUUGGCGUGGGAGAAGAUGCAAGCAGGCCUUUUGCAGCAAUGGGUGGAGCCAUGGAUUUGAGCCAAUACGGUGGCCGGGCAUCACUCAUAGAAGACGAAAGUCUCUUGUUGUAACAUGAAUUAUGAAACUUCUAGCUAUAGCUAGCUAGUUUAUGAUAGCAGAUAAACUGAGACAUUAGAAUAGUUAAUGUUGCUGAGUUGCACUCCAUGAAAGCAAGCGAGUCAACUCGGGAGGGAUAAAAAGAGAGAUCAGAGAUAGAGAGAGGUCUUGUGAGUAGUCUGGGAAAAGAGGGGGCCACUGCAUGCUGGAAGAGACUCAACUUUGUGCAUGUAGUAGUAAUGUCCCUUAUCUUUUCUUUCUUUCUUUCUUUCUUUUUUUUAUAAAACAAAAAAAAAAAAAAAAAAAAAAAAAAGUUGUGCCAUAUUUGCUCGUGACUGACCUUUUUCUGUAUAAUAUGUCACUGCCUGCCAUAUUACCAUAUAUAUAUCCCACUGCGACGGCUGCAUGUGAACAUUUUUCUA